AUGACGCUGCUUACUCGAGCUGGCUUAGACAAGACGGAGAAGGAGGCUGCGGUAAAGCAAGGUAUUGAUGACGGAAUGCAAGCGGUGCACGCCGUGAGAGGCAUGAUAGACGGGGCCGUAAAGGCUGCCCCAGAAGCUGCUCUCGCAUGGGUUGGUGUCUGUUUCGUGUUGGAGAUUCUCGCAAACCCAAUCAGCGAGGCUGUUGCCAAUCGUAGUGGACUUGCCUAUGCCAUCUCAAGAAUGGGCUGGUACUGGAACUUGUCGGACCUCCUUCUCGACAAGCAUAGAAUGGAGAAAGCGGCCGCCGGCCUACGAGACGAACUCGAGAAACACGUCCUCGACCUUUACAAAAUGCUUCUUGCAUACCAGAUGAGGAGCAUCUGCUCCUACUACCGAGAUAGGGGAGUCGUCUUCCUCCGGGAUAUGAUCAAGCUUGACGACUGGGAUGAUCACGUCACACCUCUAGAGUCUGGUUAUGUCAGCUCGGUGGCCUUCUCGCACGACUCGGCCCAGCUGGCGUUGGCGUCAGACGACAAAACCGUCAAGAUCUGGGAUACGAGCAGCGGCGCGUGCCUGCAAACCCUCAACGUCGCCAGGACUCUUUUCGACAUAUCCUUCGAUUCUACUGGUUCCUAUCUUUACACUGAAGUAGGUACUAUCGUUGUUCGGACCUCGCAAGUUGGCGUAAGCGACGUCCUAGAACUCAAACGCCCCCUGUAUCUAGGCAUAUGUGUGAGCUCAGAUAAUACAUGGAUUGAGCAUGCCGGUAAGAACAUGCUGUGGGUGCCAUCAGAAUAUCGACCGUCAUGCUCAGUGGUGUGCGGGAACACCGUUGGCAUAGGCGUCGGGUCUGGAAGAGUAUGGAGUUGCAGUAUUGACCUUGACCAUGAACAGAAGUGUUUGUAG